AUGAGUGGGAGAGACGGGAUACCUAUGCGCUUUCCAUCAGGCCAUAAUAAAACAGAAAACAUAACGCAAAUAAGCGAACCUGUCAUUGAGAUAACACCAGGCGCAAGUGCUAACCUGAGUAGAUGCAUAGCAUGCAACAGUGAUGAUGGAGAAAAUAAGAAGGAAAAUACUACAGACCAUGAAAAGAGGACGAGAACACGUACGAGAGCACCAUGA